GUCCUAGCGCAAACCUCCGGGAUGCUCAAGAAAAGGAGACAGAGCCUCUUCCCCAACUACAAAGUGGGGGGGACAGGCCCCACAUACAAGGACCCAGAGAAGGACCACAAUAUUCCCUUCACCCAGAACAACUUGGUGAAACCAUGGAACUCCAUGCAAGAGCUCAGCCGAGACCUCUACGCAGAGUAUGAAGAUGUAAUGGCAUACCCGACAAGAGGCCUCUCAUUUCCUGGGAAGAACUACAUGCUGAACAUCAACGUGGGUGGGACGGUGUAUCAGAUCUCCUACAGGGUGGCUGCCAAGUAUCCCAAGACCAGGAUCGGCCGCCUGGCGACCUACACGGACCACAACAGGAAGCUGGACCUGUGUGAUGACUAUAUUGUCCAGAACAACGAGUUCUUCUUCGACAGAGACCCAGACAUCUUCCACAACAUUUUCAACUUCUACCGGACGGGCGUCCUCUGGAUCAAGGACGAGCUGUGUCCCAGGAACUUCCUGGAGGAGAUCAACUACUGGGGCGUGAGGAUCAAGAACGCACACCGCUGCUGCCGAAUCUCCUUUGAGGAGCGCCAGGACGAGCUCAGCGAGCAGCUGAAGAUCCAGCGGGAGCUGGAGGCAGAGGUGGAGAUGGAGGAGAAUGAGGAGCUGUUCCACGGGAUGGCAUUGGGCCAGACGCGUCGCAUCAUCUGGAACCUGAUGGAGAAGCCCUUCUCUUCGGUCACCGCCAAGCUCAUGGCCGUGGCCUCCAGCUUCUUCGUGCUGAUGUCCCUGGUGGCCAUGACGCUGAACACGGUGGAGGAGAUGCAGUAUACCACCACCACGGGACAGCUGAGUGGGAAGACCUACGGGGAGUAUGUGGAAACCUUCUGCAUCGCUUUCUUCACCAUGGAGUAUCUGCUGCGUCUGGUGUCCACGCCGGACCUGCUGCGCUUCGGGAAAAGCGUCCUGAACGGGGUGGACCUGAUCGCUAUCUUACCCCUCUACCUGCAGCUGGUGCUGGAGUGCUUCGAGAACGACGACUACGGGAAGCACCAAGACAUCGAGACGGUGGGCCGAGUGGGCAAAUUGGGCCAGGUUCUGAGAAUCAUGCGUCUGAUGAGGAUCUUCCGUGUCUUGAAGCUGGCACGUCACUCUAUGGGGCUGAGGGCGUUCGGCUUCACGCUGCGCCAGUGCUACCAGCAAGUGGGCUGCCUCUUACUCUUCAUCGCCAUGGGAAUCCUCACCUUCUCUGCCAUGGUGUACACGGUGGAGCAUGACGUUCAUCAGACCAACUUCACCAGCAUCCCUCAGGCAUGGUGGUGGGCAGCUGUAAGUCAUCCCAUUCUAUUUCAUUGGUCAUUAUAAGUAAUUGGCUAAAGAUUACUGUAUUACUUAAUUGAUUAGUUUCUUUAUUUUGAAAUGUUUGUACUGUUAUGUCCCAGUAAGUAACUGGUAUAUUAAAAUAAUUUGCAAAUCCUGGACUGUCAUUAUUCUUCCCAUUCUGGCCCUUCUCUGCAGUCUGAGUAUCUGUUUAUGUGGUACUGUUGACAACACACACCAUUGGGUUUUACACAACAUGGAGCAACAUUGAUUAAUUGUUACCUGCAGAUUCUGAUAAUGUCUGCUCACUGACAUUUCAAUUCCACCCAGAACUAAAGUAGGCCAAGGUCGCCAACAUGCUGCCAGAAAUAGAUCGCUUCAUCACACCCGUCGGCUACAGUAGCCUAUUAUCACCGUUACCUUCAAGAGACUUUCACAUUGCAAGUAGCCUGUCCUGCACUGAUGUCCUGACCUUGUUUAUUUAGAGCCGAUGUGGAAGCUAUUUUCCCAUGCCUAAAAUAUACACUGAGUGUACAAAACAUUAAAAACACCUGCUCUUUCCAUGACAUAGACUGACUGACCAGGUGAAAGCUAUGAUCCCUCACUUGUUAAAUAAUGAUUUUUAAGCCUUGAGACAACUGCGACGUGUGCCAUUCAGAGGGUGAAUGGGCAAGACAAAAGGUUUAAGUGCCUUUGAACGGGGUAUGGUAGCAUGUGCCAGGUUCACCGGUUUGUGUCAACAACUGCAAUGCUGCAGCGCAACUCAAUAUUAGGAAGGUGUUCUUAAUGUUUUGUACACUCAGUGUACAUACAUGUACAAUGGUAUUAAGGAGGGCUGGACUCUGCCAGGGGAAAGGUAUUUAAGGAUUUCCCUUGAGGCACUUCCACCUUAAUUAAUUGAAGGCGUUAGAUGAGGACAUGCAUGUCCUAUGUCCAUUCACUGUAGACCAACCUAGUGCCUUAGUUCUGUAAUUCCAUUAAACAAUUAUUCAACAGCCUUCAGGCGGACGGCGAAUAUAGCCCCAGAAACGCACUACUUCACUUGCCCUCCCCUCGAUUUAAUCCUCCAAACAAAGCUUUUCACAUGGGCUCUCCUUGACCUUCUCCCAGGCCUGUCGUGAGCAGACUGUGGCACUCAGACACACAUAUCAUGAAGGGUCAACUCAGGGCUCAGGUCCUGGCAAUGUUAGCAAGUUCAGUAGAGACUAGGUUAAUGUUUACAAAUAAAAUGACCAUUGGCCUUCUCCCUCCCUCAGGUGAGCAUCUCUACUGUGGGCUAUGGAGACAUGUUUCCAGAGACCAUCCUGGGCCGGCUGUUUGCUUUCACCUGCAUCUCCUUUGGCGUCAUUUUGAACGGCAUGCCCAUCUCCAUCCUGUACAACAAGUUCUCAGACUACUACACCAAGCUGAAGUCUCAGGAGUACACCUCCACAGUGAAGGCUCGGGGCAAGGUCAGGUUCACCAAGAGGGCGGCCAGGAAGUUAACCGAAUGCUGUGACGAUGGGGUCCAUAGACACACUGGUGAAUGUUCUUAA